AUGGCCACCGUGCGCGAAGUCACCGACGAGUCCGCUUUCGAGUCCACCAUCAAGAGCCUGUCGCCGUCGACGCUUGCAGUCAUUUACUUCCACGCGCCAUGGGCCAAGCCGUGCGAGCAGAUGUCAGUCAUUCUGAAGACGCUCGCCAGCACAUACCCCGCCGACGCCGCGGUCGCCUUUCUCUCGCUCAACGCCGAGGAGCUGCCAGACGUUUCUGAGCAGUACGACGUCACCGCCGUGCCCUACAUCGUCGUCCAGAAGGAUGGCAAGACCCUCGACACAGUCAGUGGUUCCGACGCCGCCAAAGUACGAGCUGCCGUAGAGAGAUACGCUGGCGCCGGAUCUGGCGCCGCAAAUUCGAGCCUGCCGCCCGCGCAAACAGUCACACGGCCACCGGUCGAGAACGGCACAAACGGCGACAGCGCAAAGAACCUCGCAGCAUAUGCGCCCGGUGCCAACGACCCCAGAACAGCGCCCGAGUACAGCUCAGGCGAGCAGGAGACAGAUAAGGAGGAGCUGCAUAAGCGCCUGAGCGAGCUUGUCAAGGCUGCGCCAGUCAUGCUGUUCAUGAAGGGAACACCAAGCGCACCUCAGUGCGGCUUUUCUAGGCAAACAGUCAGCGUGCUGCGCGAGAAGGGCGUCCGAUACGGUUUUUUCAAUAUUCUGGCCGACGACGAGGUCAGGCAGGGGCUCAAGGAGUUUGCCGACUGGCCGACUUUCCCUCAGCUAUGGGUAGACGGCGAGCUCGUUGGUGGCUUGGAUAUUGUCAAGGAGGAGUUUGAUAACGAUCCCGAGUUCCUGGCUCAGUAUGCGGUCAAUCAGCCAAAGGCCGCUUAG